AUGAAUCCUUUUUUGUAUGGUAGGGAUUCUGGGAUAAAUGUUUUGAAUCCCUUCUCUUUAAGUAUCUCUGAUAUUAGAAGUGAGUUCGCAUCGACUUGCUUCGACAAAAUGGAGUUGGAGGUCGCAAAGAUGAUAAUGAAGUCUUGCAACAUUCAGAAGAACGCCAAUAGGACAGUAAAAGAUGGACUCAAAGUCCUGCUGAAAGAGGCAAAAGUGAAGUAUGCUGACAUUUUGGGUAAACUUUGCAAAGAGGUCAACCCGGACGUCUGUCAUACGAGAAUAGUAUCAGCAAAAGCUACAAAGAAGGAAGACUUUCUGAUUAAGAUAAUAAGAUCAGAGGAGACUCCAACAAGGACGCUUUUACCGCUGAGGUCACCAAGGCGGUUGGAAGCAUGGGUUUUCCAGGUUUUCCAGGUUGCGUGACAACCCUGACGACGUCGACUUCCCCAAGGUUUGAAAAUUUUAUUUUCCAUUAAACGCA